CAGGUAGAUGGAAGAGCUGGAGGCCAGUUUAUUCCAGACUCGGAAAUCACACAGAAUAGAACAAAUGGUGGCAAGAUGGCUUCGGCGCUCCCGGGACAGCUCAGCCAGGGCUAAAGUUGCUGCAGCUGAUGGGCCUCCUGGGACCCCAACACAGGCCCUCACUCCUGUGAGGCACACAGUAAAGAUAGACAGAGAUGCCCUCCUCCAGGACUAUGGAUUUCACAUUUCUGAGAACCUUCCUCUCACAGUGGUGGCUGUCACAGCAGGAGGCUCCGCGCAUGGCAAGCUUUUCCCUGGUGAUCAGAUCCUCCAAAUGAACAAUGAACCUGCCGAAGACCUGUCCUGUGAAAGAGCAGUCGAUAUUCUGAGGGAAGCUGAAGAUUCUCUUUCCAUCACAGUUAUUCGCUGCACAUCGGGAGUACCCAAGUCAUCCUUCCUGACUGAAGAGAAGAGGGCCAGGCUGAAGACCAACCCUGUGAAGGUGCACUUUGCUGAGGAAGUGCUGGUCAGUGGACAUAGCCAGGGUAACUCUCUGCUGUGUAUGCCCAACGUGCUCAAGCUGUACUUGGAGAAUGGACAGACCAAAGCUUUCAAGUUUGAGGCAAACACAACCGUGAAGGACAUCAUCCUCACGGUAAAGGAGAAGCUGUCUAUCCGAAGUAUUGAGUACUUUGCGCUGGCUCUGGAAGAGCAGUACAGCAUCUCACGGCUGCACCUGCUACACGAGGAGGAGCUCAUCCAGCAGGUGGUAGAAAGAGAGGAGUCACAUGACUCCCGCUGCCUCUUCAGGGUGUGUUUUGUUCCCAAGGACCCCCUGGAUCUCCUGAAAGAAGACCCUGUGGCCUUUGAAUACCUCUACCUGCAGAGCUGCAGUGAUGUGCUCCAAGAGCGCUUUGCUGUGGAAAUGAAAUGCAGCUCUGCACUCCGCCUCGCGGCCCUGCACAUCCAGGAGCGGAUCUACGCAUGUGCCCAGCCACAGAAGAUCUCUUUGAAGUACAUAGAGAAAGACUGGGGAAUAGAGAACUUUAUAUCGCCAACUUUACUCCGAAACAUGAAAGGCAAAGACAUCAAGAAAGCCAUCAGUUUCCACAUGAAGAGGAACCAGAAUUUACUGGAACCCCGACAGAAGCAACUGAUUUCUGCUGCUCAGCUACGUUUAAAUUAUCUACAGAUCCUUGGGGAACUCAAGACAUAUGGUGGGAAAAUCUUUAAUGCUACUUUAAUGUUGCAGGAUAGAGAAUCCUACAUUGCCAUACUAGUUGGAGCCAAGUAUGGGAUUAGCCAAAUUAUCAAUAGCAAACUCAACAUCAUGUCCACAUUGGCAGAGUUUGCCAAUAUCAGCCGCGUGGAGCUGACAGAAGAGUCUGAGAAAGUGAGCAUGGUUAAAGUGUAUCUUCAGGACAUUAAGGUUCUGACGUUGCUGCUGGAAUCCAACAGUGCAAAAGAUCUAGCCUGCCUGAUUGCUGGGUACUACAGGCUGUUUGUAGACCCAGUUACCUCCAUUUUCCUCUGGCCUGGAAACAGACAGCAAGUGCACCGGGUAUCUGCUGAAGAAGGCUAUGAGUCCAGGGCUUGCAGCGACUCAGAGGAGUCCUCAGAGGUGGACUGUGUGCUGGAGCCUCUCUCUGACAGUUGCCUCAUGAAGCUAGGCCUCUGCAGAACUCUUGUCAAAGAGGAGCAGUUUCUUGAGGACAGCUCCAUGCCCGAGCUGAGCAGGAGGGCUUCGAGCACAUGUGGAGCCAGCAGUAUGACAGACAGUGCUGAGUCUGAGGCAUCUGACUCAGCCAACACUGAGAGCCGGGGCUGCAGGACAAGUGGCUCAAGUGAGUCCAUGGACGCCCUAGAAGAGGAUGACUUGGACACAUGCUCCUCCAGCAGAUCUGGCUUCUUCCACUUUGGCUCUGCAGGCUUCGCAGAGGGUCUGGAUUCUGACAGCCAAGAGGAAAGAAACAGGAUUGAGACCAGUGGCUUCCUCUGUCUCCUAGACCUGGCACAGAGUGCCAACCCUCAGUGCCAGAAAACAGAGUGUUCCCAGGGUCCGACUCCAGAGACCUGCAGCUGGGGACCAGAACUGAGUGUGGGCAGGCUGGACCCCAGGCUGUACGAGGUCAGCCGGACCAACUACUACAGCUUGUGCUCCAGUGUCUCUCCAGCCAGCCACCUGAGUGACAGUUCAGAAAGCACAGCUUCCCGGCAGGGGAAUGCCCUGCCAGCAUGGGGACAGCAGGGCUGGACUAAAACCCAGCCUGGCUCCACACUGGAAGCCUUGGCCCUGCACCCACAGCUGGCCUUUGAGGAUGGCAGCUCGGAUGAAGAAUACUAUGAUGCAGCUGAUAAGCUCACACCCCCAGGCACCCUCUCAGGGCCCAGAGCUGCAGAACCUAGUGCCACAAGCUUGCAGAGUAAGGCCAGCACUUGUAGCCCAGAGGAUACUCUGCAUCCUGGACCAGACGGAAGACAGCCCAGCAGGAAAGGAGGUGUGAAGAAGUAUGCCAAAACCCUAAGGAAAAGAAGGUCCUUCCUGCAGACCGACUACACCUCUCAGGUCUCCUUUCCCCUGGUGCCAUCAGCCUCCCUGGAGAGCAUUGAUGAUGUGAGCUACUAUGAUAGGGAGCCCUACUUGACCCUUGGUGCACCCUCCCCAACUGUGUCCUCCCUGCAGGACAUGCAAGGUGAGCCAGGCCUCCUGGAGACCAAGGCCCUGGGGUUGCUGGCUUCCCUGAGGGAGACCAAAAGCAAAAACCCAGUCUCCAGGGUCAUGGAGAUGGAGCCUGAGACCAUGGAAACCAAGUCAGUCAUUGACUCUCGAGUCUCUUCUAUUUCUGCCAUCCGCCUCCGGAUUGACCCCAGCAAUAAGGAGAAUCCUGAGGUUGCUCCUCUGGCUGCCACCAUUGACAGUUCCUCAGCAGGCAUGCCUCACUGUUCCAGCCCAGGUUCUUUUGGCCCAGAGGCUGAUCAGACAAGGCCUUUCCAAAUCUUAUCUCCAUGUCAAGAUCUGAAUGAUGCUGUCCCCAAAGAACUAGCCAUGGAGCCUAGGGACGUCACCUUUCCUCUCUCCAGUGCUGAUCAUAAUCCAGACAGCCCAGAGCCACAUAAUUUCUCUCCAGGAGCCACACCAGAGCUGGAAGGCAGCCAACUGGAAACAGGAUUGGGAUCUUUUUUUACAAAUCAUAUGCAAGAAACUGCCUCUCCAUACACAGAGCCUUUGUUGUCUGCUGGAGUUGAGCCUACAAAUGGUGAGUGUGAGAUGAAUUCAAGAGAGGUGGCCUCUGUCCCUGCAGAGGAGGAGCAACAAGGACAACUAUCUGUGGAAAGUGACAGCAAAGUGACAAGCAAAACUGGUACCGACUUAUUUCAGGAGGAAUCUGGGGACGAUUCAGGUGGCUCCAAGGAUGAUGUGUCAAAUACUGUUCCUCAGUCACUUGAUGUUAGUGCCCCAGCUGAUGAAAUAAUUACCUCCCUGUCCUUGGAGGCUCUGGGAACAGGGACUGUGCAGAUUCCACCCCAUCCCCCCACAAGCUCCCAGGAACAAAGCAGUGAAGCCCUAGGCCAAGCCUGCCAGGCCCAAGAACAAAAACUAUUGGCAGAGUUGGAUUUAGACCCCAAUUUCUUACUUGAGGAGCAGAUCAUUUCAUCAACCUUCCCACCAGAGGGGGUCAAGGAAGAGCCACCUAGCCAUAUGAUAGGAGAAGAUACAACCCCUAGGGACACUCCUCAGCAGGAUUGUUUUAAUGCAGAGCCUUCCCUGCCAAAGCCACCCUUGCGUGAAGAGGAACCCCACUUAGAAACUUCAAACCAUUGCUUACUGUCAGAAAGCAAAGACAGUUCUAGUGUUUGUCUGCCUACUGACAAGUCUUUCCUAUGCUUUGUCUCAGAAAGCCAUCCUGAAGUUUCUGCCAGUUUCACGAGGGCCAUGCCUUUGGGGUUUGCAAGCAUGAAUGAGGUGGUGGCCCCUGGGAUUGGGAUAGAGCAGUGCAGUUGCCAGUUCUCCUAUGCCACAUGCUUCCAUGGUCUGCAGCCUGAGACGGAGGAAGAAGACAGGGACCCACAAGCUCAGCCCACUGCCCCUCUCACCUCACCACCCUCUGCAGGAAGCCAGCUGGUUCUGCCCUGGAGGCUUGCCCGGGCCCACAGCUGCAGCACUGAGCUCCUGUCAAGAAAAAGUCACAUCUGGCCAGAGUACUGCUCCAGGACACUGAAACAGCUGAAAGGCACCCCUGCCAGCACCCCUGAGGGCUUCAUUCAACUCUUGGAGAGCUUGCUGGAACUGCAAGAUAUUUUAGAAGUUUCCUGGGGGGUUGGAAACAAACACCCCCCAGAGAAGUGCACCUGGCACUUUUCAGAAAGCAGGAGCCGCCUCUGUAUUGGCUCCCAGAAGCUCCUGUCCAGCUGCCAGCAUGUGAUCAGAAUGGACCAGUCUCCUGAGGAGAUGCAGGGUGCUGUGCGUGACACCUUUCAGCACCUGGUCCAGCUGGCUGGCCUGUGCUUCCAAUUCACAGACUGCAGUCGCUGCUCGGCCCGGCACAGGGAAGCAGCCGGGAACUUGAGGGACGUGGUGAGCACCUACUACCAAUUUGUAGAGGCUGCAAAAUUAACCUGUGAGAAAGGUUACCAGGACCUGAGUGUGAAACUCUUGGCCCGUCAGUGCACGGCACUUACGGCUGCAGUGUUCUGUUUGACCCAGAAGUUCCGGGCAUCUACUGCCCUGUGAAUAGGUCAACUGCCCAGGGGCCGCCUCCCCUAUCAUGGACACAUCUCCAAGAAGACCCUUCCAGUCAGUCCUCCACUCCUCCCCCCUUCAAAUGUUUACUGUAUAGAGCAUUCAAAUAAACUGCUGCUUAAUCUUG